UGUCACUGUUAUGGUCCUGUCAGGGCGCCGGCGUCGUGGUUCCUGGGCGGUCGCCGCCGAGGACACUUCGGUGGGGACCUUUGGGGAUAGCUUCGUGGCUAGCUGCGUUCGUCUCUGGCCUUGCUCCCAGCCUGCAUCUCCCGGUUCGCGGGUCCCACCGUAGGGCGCGGGUGCGGGUCGGCCGCGCGGCGGCCUUGGGGCCUGGGCCCAGCCGCAGCCUCCUCCUCCGCCGCGGGCUCGAAGGGGCCACGAGAUGCAGCCGCCGGGCCCGCCCCCGGCGUAUACCCCCACUAACGGGGACUUCACCUUUGUCUCCUCAGCAGACGCGGAAGAUCUCAGUGGUUCAAUAGCACCCCCAGAUGUCAAGUUAAACCUUGGUGGAGAUUUUAUCAAAGAAUCUACAGCCACAACAUUUCUGAGACAAAGAGGAUAUGGCUGGCUUUUGGAAGUUGAAGAUGAUGACCCUGAAGAUAACAAGCCACUCCUGGAAGAAUUGGAUAUUGAUCUAAAGGAUAUUUACUACAAAAUUCGGUGUGUUUUGAUGCCAAUGCCAUCACUUGGUUUUAAUAGACAAGUGGUGAGAGACAAUCCUGACUUCUGGGGUCCUCUGGCUGUUGUGCUUUUCUUUUCCAUGAUAUCAUUAUAUGGACAGUUUAGGGUGGUCUCAUGGAUUAUAACCAUUUGGAUAUUUGGUUCACUAACGAUUUUCUUACUGGCUAGAGUUCUUGGUGGAGAAGUUGCGUAUGGCCAAGUUCUUGGAGUUAUAGGAUAUUCAUUACUUCCUCUCAUUGUAAUAGCCCCUAUACUUUUGGUGGUUGGAUCAUUUGAAGUCGUGUCUACACUUAUAAAACUCUUUGGUGUGUUUUGGGCUGCCUACAGUGCUGCUUCAUUGUUAGUGGGUGAAGAAUUCAAGACCAAAAAGCCUCUCCUGAUUUAUCCAAUCUUUUUAUUAUACAUUUAUUUUUUGUCCUUAUAUACUGGGGUGUGAUCUAAAUCAUACAUAAGUAGAAAAAGACAAUGUUACAUUUCUGUGUAGGCUGGAAAUUCUUGCUUGAGGAUAUUAAAAAAACCCUGUUGACGGUAAAAUUUUACAUGUUCAGAUGUAAAGGCAGUUUCAGGUCUUUUUAAAACAGUUUUUUUUUGUAUUUAAUUAAGCAAUUGGAGUUAUCUGAAUAUUUUUGGUCAGAAUUCUGAAUUCUGUUUGAUUCUUCAUAUUCCAGUGAAUAAAAUAUAAAAGCAUUGUGUUUUUAAGAUUGUGUCAAUAUUCACCUAAAAAUCUGUGCCAAAAGCACCUGGAAUGGUAAUUAUAUUUCGCUUGAAGGGUAAAUAUAAUAACAUUCUGAUCAUCUAAAAGUGCAAUUUUUUCCUUUAAAGAGUUUUCUCCUGCAUUGCAGAUCCUGUAGAUAUAUAUUUAUAUUUAUACAUAUAUAUUUAUGAAGUAAUUCUUAUUCACAAAAUAUAUUUCUGAAUAGCCUAAAAAUUAAGAUAUUUUAAAUCCGAUGCUUACACUUUCUUUAAUUUGGCCUUUAAUGUUUUUAUUUAUGAAAUUAAAUUUGCUCUUAAAUUAUAUAUAAUUUUUAAAGUCUCGUACAUGCUUCUGGCAAUAUGUCCUUGUUAAGAAUUCUUUUUUUUUUUUUUUUACUUUUUUAUUGCAAGAUAUUUGCUUUACAAUAUUGUGCUGGUUUCUGCCAUACAUCAGAAUUCUCAAUAAUAACAACUAAAACUAAUUAUAACAAUUGCUGAUGUAGAUUCGGUUUGUUUGAGUGUGCUAUUUUUUACAAACCACUUUUGAAUGUCUAAAUAUCUGAUUCAAAGUUUCUGCUUAUGGCAUUUGAUGAUGGAUAUGGCAUUUAUUAAAACUGUCAGUAUGUAGAAAAACAAUAUUAUUUAUAGCAUCAAUAAAUAUUUUUAAGUAGCACUUCUAAGCCGUAAAAUUUGCUGAAAAGAGACCUUUAGAGUCUUGUGGUCCCGAGCAAUGUUAUAUGAAGUAGAAAAAAAUAAAAUGCUUCCCAGCUGUGUGUUUUGUUUUAUAACACCUUGUCUUGUAUUACCUGAUAUUUUAACAAGUAUCAGGUACUCUUUAACAAACAUACAAUAUUUGGUGAGAGAUACUAAGAAAUUCCAGCUAGUUUGUAAAGUAGGUGAAAUAUUUGAUAUCCAUAAAAUACCAAAUGCCUAAGAACUAUUAGCAAAUUAUUAUAUUGUCCUUUCUGGUCUCAACUGGAAGAAUUAACUGCUGUCUUCAAUAUGAUAAUGUGGCCACCUCUUGAGCACUCUAAUGUGUCAGGAAAUAUCCAGCAACUCUGAAAAAAGCCUACAAGUUAACAAGAUAUCAAGCCCAUCUCUCAUUCUUUUCUCCUCUCCCCCUAAAAUAGAAAAAAAAACAAAAACAAAAAAACUUUAAGCUGCAGAAGUGAGAAGUAUAGAGCUAUCUUUGGGCCAGAAUAACGUGGGAAAAUUACAUGAUGCUGAUAAUUUAAACAAGCUUAGGAAAACAGACUAGAAGCAACAGAGGGAUAAAACUUCUAAAACUUAGAAUAAUUUGGAAUAGUAAGGAAGGAUCUAUAGCUACAGAAGCAGUAACUACAAAGUAAAUGUGUAUCAUACUGUAGGGGUUUCUGAGAGCAAUACUUUGUUUUGGUUGAAUAUUAAUAUUUGAUGUUCAUAGCACUGACCCUGGAAUCUUCUCCUAAAAGCUUGGGGGUCCGUACCAGGCAGUAGAAUUUUACUAAGCAGUAAGUCAAGUGAUUUUAGGACCAACUCCAUCCAAAGGUGGUUUAAAUUUAUUUUUAAGCUAUCAUUUUUUUAAGAUGUGAAUGAAAAGUUCACUUGUAUGAGUCUUGUUUAUUAUUGAUAUAAGAUGAAAUACUUAUGUUCCAAAAAAGUAUUUAAAAAUAAUAGUGUUUAAUCUUGGGACUACUCUAGUUUAAGGUAUAUAUAAAAACAAUUAAUAAUGUUUCAUAAUGUUUCAAGCUCAGCCACUGUCUUCAUGGGCUAAUGAGCAAAGCACUUAGAAAGGAUUGUCAGUUUGAAACAUAAUUUGUAAAUGUGUACAAGAUACAGUACUGUUACAGCUGAUAAUGGUAAGUUGACCAUAAUGUCCUCUGCUUGAAUUUAUAUAUAAAAAUAUUUUAUGUCAUAUUGAUUUAAAAUAAUGAUUUCCAAUCUAAUUAUUAGUUCAUUAGUAUUUUUAAAACAGAAUUACCCAGAUGAUCUCUCCUAGUUUUACGUGUGUAUAAGUGUUUAAAGUGUUUCCAGUCGUAGUAAUCCUGAUGAAUGUUAAUCCUCAAAAAAAAAAAGAAUUAGAGACAUUUAUUUCUGUUUUAAAUUGAUGAUAAAUCAAAAUCUAUAUAUAAUUUUGUUUAUAUUAAAAUACAGUCUAGGAAGAUUUAUAAAGUUUUAUGAACCAUUACUAAACUUGCUAAUUUCUAAGGUCUGUAAGGCAAUUUUAUAUAUAAUCUAUUUCCAAAAAUUCCCUAAAUAUUAAUGUGUUUCUAAAUUAGUGAACAUUUACAUUGACUUAAAAUGUGAGAUAGAUAUUUUUGUUUAUAUAUUGUUUAAAAUUUAGUUAAUUUAAAAAAUUCUGAUGUAAUAAACAUUGAAUAAUCCUUCUACAAACUAAUAAAAAUAAUAUUUUUCAAAUUCAACAAACUGAAUAUUUUAAGAUGAUUGUUACUUAUCUUUUACCUUUUCAGUAGUACGUAUUUUAGCUAGUGUUAAGUUUUAGGAAAUUGUGACACAUUUGAUAAUUUUUGUUAAAAUGUCUUACUUCCACAAAGUUUUGUUCUAUAUAUAUAAUAUACAAGUGGGGUUUCUUGUUUUGUUCUUUGCUGCAAAGGAGAACACCACACAUCAUGGCGAACUGUAGUGUCUCAGAGUGUUUAAAAGGCCCUAUUACAGGAUUUAGACUUGAGUUAAUACAAUUCAUGGCAGUCAGAAAUAAGUCUUAAUAGAGCUAAAAAUCAUCCUCAGAUUCUCUCUUCUCUGAUAUUUUAGUCACAUAAAAUAAGUUACUAUCCUCUUUCAUAAAAAGUUUCUUUAAUUGAACCCUUGUGUUACAUCUUGGGCUUUACCUAGUACCACGUGGUAAUUUCCCUUUAGAAACAGAAUUACAAGUGUUCUGUUCCUGUUUUGUAUAAUCUGACAGUAGUUUGUGUGUUUGAGAAUCUGCUGUCACUUUUUAAAUAAAUUCUAAAAUAUGAUUUUUGACAUUACUCAAUAUUAGACAUUCUUAUAUCUUUUCACUAGAAAUCAUUAUAGUUCUGAAGAAAGUUCUGUUUGUGAAAUACAUUUUCUUUAUAACAGACUUUCAAUAUACUUUAUGACAGUUUUAGGUUCUGCUAUGUCUUAGUGGGUAUAGUUGUCUAAAGAGAAAUGGUUAAGAGAAUAUUCCCUGUGCAAAGUGUAUAUUAUUAAACAUAAAGCUUAGGGUUAGGUUGGAGCUUCCCUGUUGGUAAAGAAUCUGUCUGUAGUGCCAGAGACUCGUGUCCGAUCCCUGGGUUGGGAAGAUCCCCUGGAGGAGGGAAUGGCUACCCAUCCAUUAUUCUUGCUUGGAGUAUUUGUGGACCAUGGAGCCUAGCAGGCUGCUGUCCAUGGACUUGCAAAGAGUCAGACACUUUACAGGGUUAGGUUGCUCACUUGAAUUCUCUCGAUAUGCUGAUGUUACUACACCUUGGAGGUUAAUUUAGGUAAAGAAUGUUGGAAUGAUUAAGAUGGCAUUAGUAAAAUAACUCCCUGUUUUACAUUCUGUAUUGGUGAUUACCCUGGUUUCAACUUUUCUGACUUUCAGCAAGAUAUCUAUAAGUUUUUACUUUGAAGGUGUUUAGUUUACAACUUGCAAAUUUUUGGAAAAAAUUCUUUAAACAUCCUUUCUGAACAGUUCAGUGAUAUACUAAUACUGUCACUGAGAUUUAAGUUAGAUAUUAAUAUGAAAAAUGUUUAAAUGAAAUAUUUUGAAUUUAACUUGUAAUUAGAGUAUAUAAAGAUUAUUAAUGCUUAUGGGGCAGGGAAAGUAUGCUCUCCUACCUGUAAUAAGCUUGUUAAAUUAAUACUUGGAAUAUAAGUAAAUUUGAUUUAUCAAGAAUGGAGGCACUAGUUUUUCUAUAAUACUUGCCACUGAGAAAUUUUUAUUAAAAACCAAGCAAGUGAAAACAGCUUACCAAAGUAUUUAGACAGGAUCAAAUGAAAUUACAAUGAGUGACUGAUUAUGGGAGAAAUUUGUCAUCUGGUAAUAAAGAGGAAAAGCUGGUAUAAAAGAUUGCUGCUCUUCAUAAAUGCUCAGUGAUAAAUGAUUGAAAUUGUACAUUUUUCUCGAUUUUAUAAUGACUUUCUACUUUUGUGAAAAUUAAUCAGUUGCUGUAUAAAUAUCACUUAUAUUGUGUGCAGCAUUUGAUAAUGAAACAACCCAUAUGUUUUGUAAUCCUUAUGCUAAAUUACACUCUGAUAACUGUAGCGUCGCCCUAGAAAACAGUGAAAAUAUUUUUGUUGUUGAUGAUGGGCCUACAUGCUAAGUGCUUCAUACUCAAUUUUUUUGCUAAAUGAGACCUAGGAAACUUUUGCCUAAUAUAGAUUUAUUUUCAAAGAAUGGUACUGGUUGUAGCUUCAGGAAUGAAGCAUUCAGAAGAACUGGCAUUUGAAUUGGAUACCAUGAAUGUGAGAAGAGAACAGAUAUCCAUCAAGUGUUUAUUGACCCCUUUCUAUGUGCCAGGUUCUGCCCUAGGUUUAGGAAUAAAUGCACAUGUGUGAUCUCUGAUGCACAACAGAGACCACACAUGGCACCCUAAUGAGCCAGUAUUUUUGAGAGAUAAAACAAUUAGUUUAACAUUGUAAAAACAGUUGCAACAAAUGAAAGAGGGGCUUGUGGUAAUAAGACAGUAUAUGACAGAGGAAUUAGACAAGAAAAGCCUUCCGGAGGCAAUGAUGUUUAAGCUGAAAUCCUCGGGUAAGUAAAAGUUAACUAAGCAAAGAAGGAAGGGAACACUAUUACAGGUAGAGGGAAUAGCAGGUGAGUAGAAGGAAAUGAAAACUCAUUUGGCGGAAGUUAGUACUCGUCAGAGCUUUUGAUUAGAUGUAAUGGUGCUUUUAAUACCAAGGCCAAGGUCUGUAGUCCUACUCUUGAUAUAUCCCCAACAGAAAUGCAUGUACAUAUGCCACAAAAACAGGAGCAUAGUAAUAUGAUUCGUAAUAGCAAAAAAUUGGACAUAGCAUGUCCAUCAACAUAAAAUAGGUACAAGUAUACAGUGGGAUUUUAUGCAAUGAAAAUAGUUAGUGCCAUGUGCAGGAAAGUGACCACCAAAAUGUUUUAAUGCUUUACCCUUAUUGAGGAGGGAGAAGAGUUGUAUUUGGAAAAAAUCUUAAGGAGGACUUAAUAAUUAAGCUCUAUGGUUUAUAUGCUUUUCUGUAUGUGUGUUACAGGGCAUCCUUAAUUUUUGUAAUUGUUUUAACAUAGUUAAAUUGCCACUUCACAUUUUACUCUUUUUCAUGUAUUAUGCCAUAACUAUCUUCAUGUUCUACAGACUUCAUAACCAUACUUCAGAGGAAUCUUCCCUGAAUCUUGUGACUCUCCAGCUGUAUGCCCCAGUUAGAUCUUUAUUACAUCAUUGCUUAUUUCAUUUGUAGUACUGCUACUUGGCAAGUGUCUAGAUUUCUUUUUUUCAAGUGUUCCACUAUUAUGUAAGCUCCACUGGGGCAGGGACAUUUUCUGACAUGUUUGUUAGUGUAUUCCCAGUACUUUGUUGAAUGAAUACAGCAGCCUGGUCAUUGAAUCCCAAAUUCAGAUUUGGAUCCAGUGAAUUUCAAAACCAACAGCUUAAUUAUUAGUUUUUCAUAGAUUAUUAAAGUUAGGGAAAGCUUUAGAGAUCAUCUACUGAGUGUAAUCAUACCUCAUUGUACAGAUGAGGAAACCAAAGUCUAAGGAAGGGUUGUCAAACAACCUUGACCAACAGAAUUGGAAUAAGAGUUUAUGUCUUCAAACCAUCCGUCUGCUGCUUUUUCCAUUACACUGUGGAACACCAGUGUUGCCAGAUAGAGGGCAACAUAGAUGGUUGCCUUCUGUUGCAGUCUGUCAUAUAGAUAAUUGAAACAUCUUUCUUUUUCCUUUUUGAUCUUUUUCCAUUUCAUUAAAAAAAAUCUACCAUUAGUGUUAGGUUUACAAGUACUACACAUUAAUAUUAAAUAGUGAAGGUUCAAAGGGCUGUUGUGAGGAUUAAGUGAGCAAGUUAAUAUAAAGCAUAUAAAAGUGUCCCAUAUUCAAUAAAAGCUAUUAAACUGAAUUUAUUUAGAUCAAUGAAACGAAGGUUUCUAGAAAUAUGCUCAAUUAUAUACAGAAAGUAUGAGAUAAAGGUCGCAUGCCAAAUUGGUGUACAUGAGAUAAUGCAUCAGAUAGAAAUGUAUUUGUUUGCAAGAAACAGCCCUAUAAUCAGUAUGGUCAUACUGGAUAAUUGUACCCUAUGAUCCUUCAGUAAACAAAGAGUUUCUUUUUCUCACAUAAGCAAUCCAAGGGUGUAUACUCUAGGACUAACAGCAACUUAAUGUCGCCAGGAACUCAGGUUCCUUUUAUCUUUGUACUCUGCUAUUUUUUUGGUUGGUGGCUUUCAUCCAUGUUGUCUCAAGAUAGGUGUUUCACCUCUAGGUAGUACAUCUAGAUUCCAAUCAGGAAGAAAGGGAAGGUUAAGAGGCCAAAUGGAGCAUGUCAGUCAAAGUUGCCUUUAAAAAUCUCUCUGGAAGCCACAUUUGGUGACUUCGUCUUAUAUCUCAGCAGAGAACAGAAACACUUGGCCACCCCUUACUGUAAGAGAGUCUGAUAAAGUAUUUUAAGCUGGGCAUGUUUACUGCCCUAAACAAAGUCACGUCUGUUAGUAAGGAAGAACGGUACCAGGUAGGUAACUAGCAGUGUCUAACAAAAACAUUAUAGGCCACUUUAAAAAAUGCAAGGAUGGUUCUACUUCUUAGGCUGGAGUAUGUAAGUUACAGAUACAUCAAGUAUUUUUUUAAAUAGGCAGGAGAAAAAUUGACUUUUCAUACGCUAUUUGAGAAGAUAAGGCUUUCAAACAUGACGUAAAACACAAAACCUAAAAAAAAUUCAACUUGACUACCUAGCAUUUAAAACAAUUUUAUAGGAAAAAGAUAAACUACUAUUUGGAGGAAAAUAUUUUUAAGACUUACGUGUACAGAGGGCUAAUUUCCUUAAUAUAAAAAUAACAUUUGGAAAUUAGUAACUUUGAGUGAGCAAAGGACAUACAUGGGCAAUCAUAGUAUAUAAUGUAUAAUAGUAAAAGAAUUUAUAAAUUGAUAGUUUAAAAUGGACAAGGAAUAUAAAUGAGCAACUCAAGAGGGGAGAAAUUAUAAAGACCAACAUAUAUAUGUACAGGUGCACAAAUUCAUUCAUGGUUAAAUACAGUUUAAACAACAUUGGCCUCCGUUUGCCAAAACUUGAGAUGAUUGGUAAUAUUUGGUGUUAGUUGGUUGGGAUUAUGAGGAGAUGUGAUAUUUAGCUGAUAGACACCAGCAUGGCUGUCUCAGUUAAAAUACUGAAAUUUAUACCAGUGGUAGAUGAUUUUACUCUAACUGCAGUAGCACUGAAAUUAAUAGAUAUAAGUCCAUUAGUUCUUUUUUGACAGCCGUUGAUAAUGGACCUUUUGUUGUAAUGACAUCUGAGAAACAUUUGGAACAUCUGUUAACUUGAACUGUGUUAUGGUAAAUAAUGUUCCUGCCUUGUUCAUUACCUGUGAAUCAUUCCAUGUUCUAACAGUGGCUGUUGUGGUUUUCCUGUUUAGCGUAUUAUGAUUAUUAGGUGAAAAGUAAAUACAGUGUUUUAAUAUUUUAAAAUAGAAGAACUUGUAACAAAAUAGUAACGGACACUCUAAAACUAUUUGAUGCUAUCUUCUGUUAAUGUGGAACAUACGCAUAGCUUCUGACCCAGCAUUUUCAUAUGUUCACCAACUUGUGGAUUCAGCACUAUGCAGUGGAGCUUGCUGCAGUGAUGAAAGUGCUCUAUUCUAUGCUAUCCAUACAGUAGCUGCUAGCCAUGUAGCUAUUGACCAUUUGAAACAUGCUUAGUGCAACUGAGGAGCUGACUUAGAGAGCUGCAUUUGGCUAGUACCUACCAUAUUGGUCUAAGCAAUGAGUGUCCACAGCAGUGUCAUUACUAAUAUGCAAACUUGGAAACAACCUGGAUUUACAAAUUAUGGUGUUGUCACACAGUAGAAUACAAUAAUAUUGAAAGAUGUAUAACCAUGUAUGAGGUUAUGGAUUAUCUCAAAGAGCUAAUGUUUAACAAAAGAAACCAGGCACAAAAGAAUACAUACUUUGUGAUUCUGUUUAUAUGAAGUACAAAAACAGGAUGUUGGUUACUCUUAAGUGGGAAGGAAAUAACUGAAAGAAGGUAUGGGAAUUGAGGCUUUUGGGAUGCUGGUAUGUCCUAUGAUCUAUUUCUUUAUUUGGGUGCUAAUUGUGUGUGUGUGCAGUUUAUGAAAAUUUAUCAAACUAUACAUAUGUAACAUUUAUACCUUUCUGUGAAGUUAUUGUGUUUGAGUUUACAGUUGUGAAUUGGAGGGAGAAAAAACACCCAGAGUGAGUGUUAGCAAAAUGUUGAUAAGCUUCUUAACAUUCCUUUUAAAUGCUGUAAGUGUUCAUAUUCUGAAACUGUGGAAGAACAUGAUAAUGAACUAUAGCUUGAAAUGUUUCUUAAAAACGUCCUGAAACAUCUUUUGAUAUUGCCUAAGAAUUAAGAUAACAUAAAUGAUUUUCAUUUCUGAAA